AGAAGGGCGAGUGAGGUACAUAUGCUCUUGGAAACUGCCCAGCGGCUCAAGGUCAGGUAGGAACAGCCGCCAAACACAACAGCCACCUCUCCGCUACCUUACCCUUACCCCUCCCGCUGCAGGCUCGGGUAAGACGCUCGCCUUCCUUGUUCCGCUGCUGGCCCGGCUGCGCGCCAUGCGGGGAGCGGGGGAGUGGCCGGCGGGCGUGAAGGCGCUGGUGCUCAGCCCCACACACGAGCUGGCGGCGCAGCAGGCCCGCGUGCUGAAGCAGCUGCUGCCCGGCAGCGGGCUGCGCGCCUGCCUGCUGUCCCGCUCCACCGCCGCGGGCAGCGACAUGGGUCGGGUGGACCUGCUGCUGGCGUGCCCGCUGAGGCUGGUGGGGAUGCUGCGGGAGGGCAAGGUGGCGCUGGGGGAGUGCAGGUACAUCAUCCUUGACGAGGCUGACAAGCUGUUCGAGCUGGGCUUCAUGGAGCAGGUGGACGAGCUGCUGGCGGCGGCGCAGCACCCGCAGCUGGCGCGGGCGCUGUUCUCGGCGACACUGCCGGAGCGGGUGGAGGAUCUGGCUCGCUCCGUGUUGCAGCAGCCGCUUCGGGUGACGGUGGGGCUCAAGAACGCCGCCACCGCCACCGUACGGCAGCGGCUGCAGUUCGUGGGGCGCGAGGCGGGCAAGCUGCUGGCGCUGCGGCAGCUGCUGGCGGACGGGGGGCUGGCGCCGCCGGUGCUGGUGUUUGUGGGGAGCAAGGAGCGGGCCAAGGCGCUACACAGGGAGCUGCUGUACGACGGCAUCCACGUGGACUCCCUCACCGCGGGCCAGCCGCAAGCAGCCAGGAACGCAGCAGUGGAAAACUUCAGGUCGGGUCGCACGUGGGUGUUGAUCGCCACGGACCUCAUCGGGCGCGGCAUGGACUUCGUUGGGGUCAACACCGUGGUCAACUACGACUUCCCGCGAUCCACUGCCGACUACGUGCACCGCAUCGGGCGAACCGGCAGGGCGGGGCGCACGGGUGACGCCAUCACGUUCUUCACGGAGGACGACGCGCCCUCACUGCGCCCCAUCGCCAACCAGAUCCGGGCAGCGGGCGGGGAGGUGCCCGACUGGAUGACGGCGCUGCGGAGGGACAAGCGGGCCGCCAAGAGGAGGCGGCUGAGCGACCGAAUCGGCGCGGCGGCGGACUAUGAGGCGGAGCGGAGGGAGGAGCAGGGC